UGUGUGUGUGUGUGUGUCAGUCAGAUGACCACAAACUUUUUCCAUUGCGCCUCAAAUCUUCCGUAUGGCUGGAAAGUGCCACAUUUAGGCCUGCAGUCCAUCAAAAAAGCUUCGUCUGACACACUUUCCUUCACUCUCAUCCCUCGGGCUCUGUUUUUAUCAUGAUUUGAAGACGUUUUUUUUUUCCUUUCACAGACGUGGAAAGAAUUCUCAGGACAAAGAGGAAGAAAGGAAUCUUUUUUUUCUGUUUUUUUCUUUUAAACCACUGUUAGAAUUGGCACAUUGAUGACGUGGUGCUGAUUUUGACCAGACCCUCGCACCCUGGUUUAAAUCAUGGGUGACUGGAGCACCUUGGCGAAGUUGCUGGAUAAGGUGCAGGUGUACUCAACGGCUGGAGGCAAGCUCUGGCUCUCCGUCCUCUUCAUCUUCCGGAUCCUGGUUUUGGGAACGGCCGUGGAGUCAGCAUGGGGCGACGAGCAGUCUGCGUUCGAGUGCAACACGCAGCAGCCGGGCUGCGAAAACGUCUGCUACGACAAAUCCUUCCCCAUCUCACACGUGCGCUUCUGGGUCCUGCAGAUCAUCUUCGUCUCGGUGCCGACGCUCCUCUACCUCGGCCAUGUGCUCUUCCUCAUGCACAAGGACGAGAAGCUGAAGAAGAAGGAGGAGAGGCUGAGGAAAGCCGAGAGGGAAGGGAGCAACGUCCACGCUCGCCUUCACAAAAUCCAAGCCAAGAAGUUCAAGUACGGUUUGGAGGAACCUGGAAAGAUCAAAAUGCGAGGACCUUUGUUUUAUACCUACAUCGUAAGCGUGGUGUUGAAAUCUGUAUUCGAGGUGGCGUUCUUGCUCAUACAGUGGUACCUUUACGGAUUCCGUUUAUCGGCCGUUUACACGUGCGAGAGGUUCCCUUGCCCGCAUAAAGUCGACUGCUUCCUGUCACGUCCGACUGAGAAAACCGUGUUCAUCAUGUUCAUGCUAGUCGUGUCGCUGAUCUCGCUGGCUCUUAAUGUCUUUGAGUUUUUCUACGCCAUCUUCAAGAGGAUGAAGGAUCACUUCAAAGAGGCAGAGAAGUUGCUGGACAUGGACAAUGCUAUGAGGCCCUGUCCUGGAGAAGACCUGUCCAGCUACGGGUACCACUGCUCGGCUCCCGCGUCAAACCUGGGCUACAAUUUGGACACGGCUGACAAAUCCAACUCCUCGGACAAUUUUGACAAACAGGCCAACGAGCAGAACUGGACUAACUACAGCACGGAGCAAAAUCAGCUCGGUCAGAGAGAUUAUUGCCCGUCUCAGACGUUUGUGUAUCCGCAGAAAAUGCCUCUGGGAAAAGACCUCAUGCUUCUUAAACAGCUCGACCCUCGACCCCAGAGUCGCUCUAGCAGCCGUGCACGUCCUGAUGACCUGGACAUCUAGGAGUUUAGACUUUUUUUUUUUAUUAUUAUCCUAUAAAUAUCAAAACACUCUUUAAAAAUGUUCUCAUUGAUGUGCUCUAAAUACUGUGAGCUACAAAAGAAAUACAUUAAGGCAAUUCCAUGCAAAUGUACUGUAUUAUUAUUAUUUUUUCUUGUAAGCAAUUUAACCUUAAUGUUACGUUGCAUUCUCAUUAUGCACAUUAUUAGUCUAUUCUUAAUUCUUGCCAUAUCAGUUGUUUUACACAAACAUCUCUGUGAUCUCUAGAGUCUGUGAAGGAGCUAUAAUGCUUGAUUUUUCUACGUCAUGAUGGACCAUAAACUAAAGAAAUCAAUCCGAGGCUUUUCAAUUUUUUGGUAUUAUUGGGGUUAGCUGUGAUUUAGUAAAACUUUAGAAUUUGCUCUUAACAAAAAAACAACAAAAAAAACAAAAUGGAAUAUUCUGGGUUUCUGUGGAACACUUGAGUGCAACAGCACCCAAUAGUUAAGAAGUGAAAGGUGAACCUGGGGCUGAUUUCUUUCUAGCCCAGACUGUAGAUUCAUGCAGUAGUGAUGACUGAAAGGGAGAUCUUUCCUAGAUAUUUAAGAAUCUUUUGAUAUUUUCACAUCUCAACGAGUCAAAAUGUCGACAGACUAUGAACAUCAAAACAAAUCCAAAUUACACAAAACCCGUCCAUUAAUGGAAGUGAUUUGGGGUUUAAAUGAAAGUAUUACAGCUGAUCUCUCUACCAUAUUUAGUACGCGAAGGCAAUUCGGCAUGAACCUAGAGGAGCAUUACGGAUUCAAAAUGCUUACCUUGUGUAUUUGUGUAAUAGGAAUAGCUUGUAAUCAUCCUGUUGAUGAAAUCUUAUGAUUAGUAUGCAUUACUCAACCCUUAUCCUUCCACUGUUAAGAUACAGAGGCUGAUUAGAUUUCAGCCUUUGCUGUAUAAUCAAAUCACAGCUCUUCAAAACAAUCUGAUUUUUCUGCAUGAUGCUCCGCAAGGUCGCACUUUAAUUCUGCGUAACAAGCCUGAGUUAUAAUCUUCACAUCAAUUUAAUAACACUGGAACUGCCGAAAAUUGUCUUCAUCAUUAAUUAGCAGGAGCUUUAACGUACCGUUAAGAGAAAAUGCUUUGUAGCCAUACAGAUAAGUGACAUUUUCAGAAUUUUAGUUAAUAUUUCUAUGUUAAGGUCCAUAAAACUUUAAUUUAUUGAACAUUUAUUGAAUAGUUCAAUAAAUAAUUUAUUGAACAUUUAUUGAAUAGUUCACUUGAAUAUACCAUGAGUUACGAAUUCAAAUAUGCCAAAAUAAAUACAACUAAAUUAUCAAAAAGCACAUUUUAAUACUGAAUACCUGGAGACCAGAGCUUGAAGCUUUUUCAACAUUCACUAAUAGAUUAUUCAACAUUUUUUAGUGAAUAAUAUUUUAGUUGACUUUAAAACAAAUGUCAAUUAAAGCGUGUGUUAACUUUAUUAUUUUAGCACUACUUAUGAUUUUUUUUAAAUGCAUUUAUCAGAUUUGACAAAGCAGUAAAUAAUAUAAUGUUCUGCAAUUGGACCUUAAUGUAAAGCGCUACCAUUUUUAUUAGUUUGUUUUAUUCAUGCAUUAGGUUUAUUAAUGCAUGUGGGGGGGGGGGGGUUCAAUUAAAUUAGUGCUGCCCAAAUUGCAUUAUUAUCUUCACAAUAGAAGUGGUUUUAUUGAGUAAGUGCCUUUUGAUUGUACAGUGUUGUACAAUUCAGGUUACUUUCAUGUUCAGAAACCAGUUUUGCUUAAUGUGUGUUUCUGUUUUAUGUUGUUUCUUUUUUAAAUGCAGUGUAAAUAUAAUCCAAUAAAUAA